UCCAACGGCUCACGUUAAUUUCGUGUGGGCGAAUUAGGGCUCGUGAGCAAAUGCAUCCUCCACUCGUUCUUCACAAGCAUCCCCUCUGCACCGAGAUCAUCACAUUGUUCCUGCGCUGCCACGAAGAUCACCCCGCGGCCAAGUUUUGGGGGAAAUGCAACGAUCUCAAGCUCGAGCUGGUGCGCUGCUUGCAAGAAGAGAAAGCCGUCAAGCGGAAGAAGAACUUUGAGAAGAGCAAGGAGUUUCAGGCAAAGCUACACGCAUACUUGGAGGAUUUAAGAUCGAGGCUUCUGUGAUCUUGUUUGUGAUAAACUAUGCGUAGCGCACGGCAAUUGGGCUUCUCACUGUGUGCCUCUCAUCCUUCCACGUAAAGGAGCCAAAUAUAUAUCCGCGAUGGAGCUUGCUCUUCGCCA